CGUUUCUCCUCUUUUAAUUGCAUUCUCUUACUCCUUUCACUAAUACUUUUUUCAGAUACCUAUGGAAGGUUAAGUGAUGGAAUAGCUAAAAUAUAAAUACAAUAAAACACUUAUUUAAUUCAGGCAAAAUUUUAUUGACAAGCUUACCUGUUUCUUUGAGUCUUUUUGGCAUUUUAUUUGUUAUCUGAGCUUCAAUCAUAUCUUCAUAUUGAUCCAGCGCAAAAUGUUUACUGCAGAUACGUUUAUUUUUUGGAUCAAAGGGGCUUUUUCUUCUACAAAGACGAACCCAUUGUUUUAAAAUUUCCGGUUUUUUGGGGAAAGAAAAAAAUCUUAUUAAUUCCUCAUCUUUUUUUGCUCUUUCGCUAUUACUUUUACACGUAGCCACACUACAAAUUGUUCCAGUCAUUUCUACGAUAGAAUAUUAAAAAUAAAGCUUUUCAAAUUAUAAAUAUAAAUUUUUGGUUAUGGUUACCUGACUAUCCGCGAUGAAAAAAAUAUAAUAUUUAAGUUUAAUUCAAAAUAGUCUAUGUCUAAAGAUAUACUAAUAAAAGUUUAUAAAUAAAAAAACACACGAAAACUCACAAAAACUUUAAUUUAAAUCACAAUAAACAACAGAACAGUACAAUAAAACUACGAAAACGGUCAGCAGCAGACUUCAACUCUAGCAUACUUGUGACGUAUGACCCGCCAUCUUGACAGCAAAGUGAGGCAACCGUAUUAUUUUACGAACCGUGACCCAAGUCAGAUACUUGUAAAACGUGCAACGAGAUGAAGAUAAAAAUUGAUACUUUGAAGCAAAACUACAAUGCAAAAGAAGUGCAAGAACUAACCAGAACACUAGAGAUUCAUAAUAUCAGAGCUAAAGCAAUGCAAGGCUUGCUUAAAUUGGAAGUAGAUAGCUCGAAACGUGUUGAAAAUAAGUUAGUAAUAUUAUUCGACUUGCAGCAGGCCAUACCAAUACCAAAAUUAACAACAGGACCUGCGUUCUAUUGCCGCAAAAUUCUCUAUAUUCUCGGAGUUCAUGAUUGUACGAAUCAGAGUGCGGAAAUGACAGAAACAUUUAGGGAAGAACUUAUUACAGGAACUCAGUUAAAGACAGUAAAAAUCAGAUCUUUUAUUUGUGAUUCCCCAGCUCGAGCUUUUAUAAAAGGUGUGGCGAAUUUUAAUUCUCAAAAUGGUUGCCAGAAGUGUACAAUAGUUGAACAGUAUUCUUACGUAUCGCAUACCAAUUACUAUCCUCGAAGGAUAUGUGCCAAACGAACUGAUUAUGAAUUUAGACAAAGGCUAUAUGAUAUUCAUCACAAAGUUUACUCUCCUCUAUUACAGCUACCUAUAGAUAUGAAACAAGAUGUUCCCAUUGGUGAUUACCUGCACUUGUUAGACCUUGGAAUUAUGAAGAGAUUGCUUUGUGCUUUGCGUGAUGGAAAUUUUGGAAAUUACCGAACUAAAUGGCCAGCACGUGACACGCAAGACAUAACAGAAUUUCUUAUGAAUACGAAACUACCAAAAGAAUUUCACCGAAAAGUGAGAGAAUUAGAUGUACUGGCAUUUUGGAAAGGGUUAAAGUUCAGAACAUUUAUGUACUAUUUAGGAAUCGUUGUUCUAAAGCAUUUUUUACCAUCUGAAGUUGAACAUUUUUAA